AGGGUUGGUCACUGGUCAGUCACCUCUGAGACACGGGGGAGGGUAGACGUGCUGAGCUUCGCUCCUCACACGCUUAACACACUACAGUGACUAGUAUCACUGUGUGUUGUCACCGUAGAGACAGUGACGGUGACGUGGUGGCUGUUACAGACUGUGUUGCAGUUGUAACAACUUUGUAGUGUUGAGAAAAGUGGUGAUUGUUCAAUUUCACGGCGAUAGUAACUGUUAUAGAUAGAUGACUUCGAGGACGCACUCUGUACUUCGGAGGUCCUUAGUGACAGUGUUGUGGACACUGGCCAGUAUCUUCUGCAGGAUGGAAGUGCUUGUACAGGAAGGACUUAGUAAGUGACAGUAUCGUGGGCACUGGCCAAUAUAUUCUGCAGGAAUUACUUGUCCAGGAGGUCGUCAGUGAAUAACCUGGUGGUCAGUGGUCACUACCUCCAUCAGAAAUAGACAUGAUUCUUGAACGCAGAAUGAUCAUGAUAUAAUAAUCUCCCUGUGGGUUUAGCACCUAGUUUUGAUUGUAAAAAUAACAGUAAUCAUCUAGUCAGAGGAGCCACCAUGGCCGUCCUUCCAGCACAUUUUUAAUCCAUAAUAGAAAAUAACUUUGAAGCGGUGAGUGUGCUGGAGACUAUGCAAGUGUGAAGAAAAACGUUUAUAUACGUAUAUCGAGCGGUGCCUUAUAACGAAGCCAUAGUUGCCAGAAAGGCGAAGAUGCGUCCCACCGCAAACAUCUACUUGGCAACACUGUGGCUCGUAUCUCUGAAAGGGGUGUGUGGGGGAGAGCUGCCUCGUGUGUGGUGGCAGCCAGGCACUGCUGUGGAGGAAGGUGAUACUGUCCAGCUUCAGUGCCAGGUGGGGUCAGAAGCAGCAGGACCUGCCAUCUGGCUCAAGCUGGACCCCAGAGACCCCCACAGCCAUGUCUUGCUGUCCCAUGGUGAUCUCAUCAUCACUGAGGACCCUAGGUUCUCUGUCCUCCAUAUCCCAGAGAGGAAUGUCUACACUGUCAAGAUACGUGAAGUAUCAGCAGCAGACGCAGGCAGCUACCAGUGUCAGGUACCUGUCAGCUCUGAUGAGGAAGAGUUAAGAGUAGAGGCAGCCCCACCAGUUGUGGUUACGCUUGUGGGUGAGGAGAGUGUGUCAGCAGUAUGGAUGACCAGCAGCAGCAGCACCUGCCUCGCUCUCUUGUGCUUGCUGGCUGCCCUGGCCAGAUGAGACUCAUGAUACACCAUAUAUCUCAAGAUACUUAAAUAUUUUGGCCUUGUGAUAAUAAUUAUGUGAUUAAUGUUAUAAUAGAUUUGGAAAUCUUGUUAUUGGUGAGAUGAUAUUCUAAGAACUUUUGAGUUGAUCAAAUAUGAAUAAAUAAAAAAUUAUAUUUUUUUUUAUUUAGGUUUGGUAUUGAUUGAGGCCCCAGUCAUAAGAAAGCCACAUAUUAAAAAACAUAUGAAGUGAUGUGUUUGGAGACCUAACUAUAUUAACCUAUAAUGAAAUUAGAAAAACAAUGGGAUCUAGAUAUGCUUUCUCACAUAUACGCUUCUUAAAAUGUAUACAGUACUGUAUUGUAGAUGGGAUGCAAAGUUGUAUACUAUAGGUGAUAUAUAUUAAUGACUGAUGUUGGUAAGUAGGAUUGUGUGAGAGGUUGUGAUGUCUGAUGUUUUGGCUAGUGGUUUGUGAUGUUUUGUUGGGCUGGAUGUGCUGAUGUUUGAAUAUAACUAACCAUUGUAACUUCACAAACUUUCUAGCCAGUGAUAGAAUGUUAUUGUUAGUCACGUGUUUGAUUCUCUGCAAGUGGUAUCUUGGGCUCCAGAAAUGGUAUGUUGUGCUCCAGAAGUGGCAUUUUAUGCUCUGGAAGUAGUAUCUUAUGCUUUCUUGUAGCUGUGAAAUUAGCCUCUGUGCAAAUAUAUAUACAGUACUACACUUGCAGACACACGUACAGUUUUUUGUCAUAAAUACAGUAGUACUUCGGUACUCAAACUAUUCGUUCCAGAAGGCUGUUUGAGUGCCGAUCUGUUAGUACCGAACAAAUUUUUCCCGCCCAAUUUUCUCUUUGGUUGGCUGUUAUCACUAAUCUUUUUAAGCCCCAUGGUUAUUUGUUUAUGCAAAUAAUAUAAAAAAAAACACCAAAAAAUUCCGAAGAAGCACAAAAUAGUUUACAGCGAAGUUCUGGCAGGUCGAGUUUGUUUAGUUGAGUGGACUACCAAGCAAUUUCUUUUACUGAACAGAGCGUUCGAAUACUACUGAAUUGUUUGAGCAGGGAGCUGUUCGAGUACCGAGGUACUACUGUAUUGUAGUGGUUGAAACUAGAUUGGAUCCAAGAAAAACACUUUGGAGGAGUAAGUAGUAACCUUGAACCCAAGAGAGCCAAGCAUAAUGACUUAUUUCCAUUUGGAUUCUUUAGUCCCUUUCUCAGGAUGGCAGCCACAAGUCGGCUAACUCCAUAUUUACUGUUAGGUAAACGUGGGAAAUGGGUGUCGGGAGAUUUACACGUAUGUAUUGCCUUGCCUAGGGAUUGUACCCAUAUUCUUUUGGUAAGAGUCAAAUACUGUCGCCGAGUUAAGAGUCGGAUUUUAAAAAAAAUAUUACUAAUUUAUCACUAAAGAUGAGACAACAAAUGCAUAAUAUUGUUUCUAUAAUUACUGUACCUAUACACUGUGUCUGGACAGUGGUACACUGGUACAUACAGUAUACCACUGUAGCUAUGUACACCUGUAGGUACCCCAUCUUCAAUUGACAUGCUAUUAUUACAUUUUCUGGUGGCUGUAGCAAUUGCUACCUUUGUUGUGUAUUUCAUUCCAGUAUUUGAUCACUGAAGGAAAACUAAAGCAAAUUUUUUUUUUUUUUAUUCUCCAACACUUUUCCUGUUUAACACAGGUUUUUAUUCUCUUGGUGCUACAUAAUCUUUAUUUACUCAUGCUUCUUUGUUUCCUCCUACCAACCAAUUAGAGCAGUUUAAGUGUUUUUCAUAUUUUCAUAAUUUUUUUUAGAUGCACAACCAGUUUUGUAUUUUUUUGCACUGUUCUCUUUUUAUAAAACUUUUUAAGGUGAAGUCAUUACCCUACUGCUGCAUAUUCCAAUUUUGAUGUUAUUUAUAUACUGGGAAGUUUUAAAGCAUUUUUCUAAAAAUGUAUCUGAAGGCUAUUCUCAAAUUUGCCAAUAUAUUUCCCCCCCCCCCCCCCCAACAAGUUGGUCGUCUCCCACCGAGGCAGGGUGACCCAAAAAAGAAAGAAAAUCCCCAAAAAGAAAAUACUUUCAUCAUCAUUCAACACUUUCACCACACUCACACAUUAUCACUGCUUUUGCAGAGGUGCUCAGAAUACAACAGUUUAGAAGCAUAAACGUAUAAAGAUACACAACAUAUCCCUCCAAACUGCCAAUAUAACAUGUCUCUACUUAAUUUUAUGAUCAUCCAGUGACAAUCUUUUGUCUAUAAUUACUUUACUCUACGCCAUUUUCUUUUUAUGAUGCUUUCAGUACGUAUAUUAUCAAAGUCGGUCCAAUUGCUUAAUAGAUUGAUAUAGUAAGUGACUUUGUUUAUUGGAAACUAAAUUGCAUGAUAGUUUGCAGGUAUUUUCUCUUCAAAUAUUGUUGCCCUCCUUACUCUUUAUUAGCUUUUUGCAGUAUUUUUACAACAAUGUUUGUCAGUGAGACAAGCCUAUACUCUGAAGUGUUUUCUCUUUUUAUUUUUUUGUCAGUAAAUAGUGUGUAAUUUUUCCAUUUUUCCAGCAGUUGACCUGACUUUUAUGUAUAUAAUUACCACUUAAUAACCCCCUUCUUCUCUAUAAAUUACUAAUUGUAAAAAAAAGAAAAGCUUUGGUUUUCUUUUUAGGGUCACCCUGCUUUGGUUGGAGACAGUUGGUGUGCUGAAAAAACAUGCCUCUAAAAUACUUUUAAUUAUGAUUUUUUGCUCUAUGGGUUGUUCCACAUCUCUACUGUAAUUCUGUGAAGGUUUCCAUGUGUACGAGUCAUUUUUAUAUUGUUUCUGUAUCCGUUCAGUGUGGUGUCUUUCGGUGUGGUGUCUCGUGCUUAAGUGUUUUAUUACUCUGAGUACAGUGUUUAUAUUGUGAUCAAUUGCUCUCUCUCUUCCUUUUUAACUUUCUCAGCUCGGAUACUAUUCUCGCGAGAAACUUUAAAUGAUCUCAGUUUUCGUUGUUUUAUUAGAUAUGGUUCCACACACUUGAGAAUUGGUUGAAUGAAUGUUUUACUGUAUAUUGUUGCAAAUGGUUAUGCUUAUUUUUGUGGGAAAGCAAUAAACCUGUAGGGCUCGGAAAGUGGUGUUCCAAAUGCUUCCUUAUUUAGAUUCACACACUAUGACCCUUUUGGUUUAAUGCUUAACUGAUUAUAAUAAUAACAUUUAGGUUCCUGAAUGCCAUUUUCACAUUUGUGAUCAUGAGAAAUGAUAGCAAAGGUACUUGGUUUGUGUGAGCUGGAUUAGCUACUAAAUUCACUGAAUUCACUGGUGUGUUACGAAAAAAAUGCUAGGUUAAACAAAUGACAUUUUUUGGUAACGUUAAAGUAUAAAUUUCAAUGAAUGUUUGUGUUUAGUUCAGUGGAAUUCUUGAGCAGAUGAUUAGUAAUUUUGCUUUAACCCUUUGACUGUUGCAACCCCCAAUCCUGAGGUGUCUCCUGGUGUCGCAAAAUUUAAAAAAAAAAAAAUACUUUUUCUUAUGAAAUGAUAGAGAAUCUUUUCCAGAUUUAAAAGACACCAAAAACAAAAAAAUU